AUGGUUUGCACCCUCGGAUUUCUUAACCGCACCGGCCUUGGCUACCUCAGCCAGAUUUAUAAGGAUUACCAGUCGUUCACCGAGUGGACUGACAAUGGGAAGUUUAAUAAUAAGAGGCACCUCCUGGGAUUCAAUGUUGAGCAGCUCAAAAUGACUCGCGAGAAAAGCUUCACGGCCAAGAUUAUUGAGAUCGAAAAGCAACUGGAGAAUGAACACAACCUCACUGAAGAUGAGGUAUGGCAUCUUGAUCAGGAGCUUGUCAAAAUUUUGAAAAACCGUGAUGACGCUCUGAGCCAAGAGAAUUUGGAAAUGGGACUCGAAGAGGACAAGAAAAGGGUGUUCGAAAAUAUGAAGAAAGAAGAUGGUACUAUGGCAAUUCCCAGAAUGGCCAAGGCCUAUCGCGAGCAGCUCCAGAAGGUUCAAAAAGGAGAGCUUCCAGACUCUAUGGAGCCCAAGGUUGUAGAGGGCGGAGUCAAGGCAAACGGUGAGGAUUUAUCUGACUCUACGAAAUACAUGGCUGUAGAGGGCAGAGUCAAGGCAAUCGGCGUCUGGGAUACAGUGGGAAGCCUUGGUAUUCCAAAAAUGCCAUGGGACCUCUGGAAAGGCCGCCGUAGUGUCGAUGAGCUGAGGUUUACAAGCCUUAACAUCCAUCCCAACGUCGAGCACGCCUUCCACGGUCUGGCUCUGGAUGAAUGGCGAACAGCCUUCGCUCCUACGCUGUGGAGACGCAAGGAACACAACAAUGUGACCAAACUUCGCCAGGUGUGGUUUCCUGGUUGUCACAGCAAUGUUGGAGGAGGGUCAAACUCCCAGCAGAUUUCGAAGAUUGCACUUGCAUGGAUGGCAGAUCAACUAAGCUCUGUUGGCGUAGAGUUUAGCAAGACUGAAAUGAAGCGCAUCUUCAGUACUCUCUCCCAUGGUGACGAAUUACGUCCUUGGGGCUUAGGUAAAAUCACCAGUCCGGAAAGUCUUGCUACGACGCUCCCCGACCGAGUGUGGAGCACUCUGACGCUGCCCUACCGCGCAUACAUUCGUGAUUUGACAGAGAGUUCCAUACGGACGCCGGGUCUAUAUCGAAACGACAAGGAGAGCAGACGUCUCACAAACACCGACGAGUGGGUCCAUCCGUCUGUUAGGAUCCGGUAUUUGUAUCAUGGCCUUGGGCUUGACGACGAAGACGAAUGGCGCUGCAAGGCCUUGUCCGGGCGUGGCUGGCAGCUUAAGCUCGUUGAAAAAGCACCCGACGCGAAGGAUAUUCGACAAGGUCGGGAUAUAAAUGUCUUGGACCAGUACAAAACUAUUGGCGGAUCCGUUACAGCCGUACAUGACCAAUACCCAAAGUCCCACGACGAAAGCGAGACCCUCGUGCGAACAGAGCACCCCCCUGAAGCCGACCUCAAGCAACUUGCCGUUCCAAAAAGCACCUGGACCUGGGUAAACUCGGAGUUCUCAGAAGCCCGACCGCUUAAAGAAGAGCACAUUGGCAUGUGGGAGCGGAUGUACAUCGAAAUCAAUGAGAAGCUCGUCAGUGCGAAGGUGAAGAGCCAACACGGGAGGGAAACCACGCCAACACCCAUCGACCGGCUCAGAGGUUUGGCGACGCUUGGUACAGCCAAGUGGAUCAUGGAGACCUCCCUGGCCACUAUAUUUGGCGCCGCCCCGCAGAAGUUGUUUCCGGAGAAGUAUCCAACUCAUUAUGGCUAUCACGACUUCGUCUCUUGGCAGAAAGGACUCAGCCCUGUUGCAGAGAGCGUGGCUCCGCAUAAGUUGCGCGAAGGUGAGGCGCUGUCUUCGCCUUUGAAUGACGGUACGUAG